AUGUUUCCUUAUUUAAUGUCAAUUAUAUUUAUUAUUGUUUUAAUAGGUGAUGGUAUAACUGAAGAUCUUCCUCGUAUUAAUAUAUGUUCAAUAGAAACAUCUGAACUUAUAUCAAUUGAUCGUGGUUUAUUACAUUCACCUAAUUAUCCACAAGCAUUAGGUCAAUAUUUAACAUGUAAAAAACAAUUAUUUGUUCCACAUGAAGCACGUUUACGUUUAUUUAUGCUUGAAAAAUCGAUUGAAUAUUCUCAUGAAUUAAAUAUAUAUUUAUUAAAUCAAACUCGAACAUUAGUUCGUAAUGAAUUAUUAGAUAUAAAUAUAACAAAUCAAUUAAUUCAAUUUGAAUUAAAAACAAAUCAUCUUGGUGAUGGACAUUUUUUACUUUAUUUUCAAAUUGAUUCACGUAUAUCAGAAUAUGCACCAUUCACUUUGGAACUUGAUAAAAAUAUCAAUAAUGAUAAUCAACAUGGUAAAACAUUAUUAAGUCGAGAUUGGAGAAUUAUUAUUGGAUGUAUUAUUGGUAUUCUUCUUCUUCUUCUCAUUAUUAUAGCUAUUAUAUUUACUGUAAUUCGAAUUACUAAACGUCGUCGUGUACGUUCACGUCGAUAUUUAAAAAGUGAAGAUGAUCAUCGACAACGACUUAAUGCACCAACAUUACCAUCACCUGAUCGUCAUCAUCGUCAUCAUGGUAAAGAUCUUCCAAUUGAACAACCAUAUUUAACAUCAUCAUCACCAACAAUUCUUCCAUCAUCAUCGUUAUCAGUUAAUGGUAAUCAUAAUCGACCAAAUUCAGCAUCAUCAACAACAUCAUCAAUAAUAAUUCAUCAAAUAAAUGAUAAUCUGUCUGAUCGUGAAUCUCUGAUUAAACCUAUUAAUCAAAUACAAUCUCAUUCGAAUCCAACAAAUACAGAUAUUGAUAAUUUUUAUGAAGAAAUCAAAGAACAACAACAACAAACAGCUUUAGCUUUAGGAAAAAAUGAUAUUAAAGGUGAUAUAGUAAAUCCUUAUCUUGAAGCAAAAAAAAUUGAACCAAAAAAACUUCUUUUUCAAGGAAAUAAAUCGUCACAACCGAUACGUGAUCAUAAUGAGAGCGAAUCACGUUAUCAACGACCAUCUUCAUCGCAUAAUACGGAACCAUCAAAUAUUGUUAAUGAAGAAAUAAAACAUUCAAAAAAAUCAUCACCUAUAAUUCCUCCAAAAAGGAUGGAUAUAAAGCAUUCAGCAGCAAAUGCAGCAUCACUUCAUCUCAUAGAUAAUAAUGAUGGAAAAGACAAUUAA